AUGAGAAUUGAAGAUUCUAAGGAGAAUUCACAGAAAUCAUUCAUGGGCAGACUUGCAAAGGCUAAAAGAUCACUGGUAAGACUAACUAAGAAGACAAUAAACGUGACCGGGUGGACCGUUUGGAUCAUAGGAACCGCUGCCGUAACUUUGGUCGGCCCUGUCAUUUUCCACUACGAUAAAGAAUGCCAUUUACUUGAAAUACAACAUCAAUUAUUACAAGCACAGCAAUCAGCUUCCGUUCCAGUUCUUAACUAA